AUGGUCACCACCUCAGGCUUCAGCCACACCCCGAUCACGCGCCUCCUCGUCCUGACCUCGAUCGGCGUGUCCAUCCUGGUCUCGACGCUCUCCAUCCAGUACCUCCUACCCAUCAAACCGCACCCGCACCUCUGGCCGUACCUGCAAUUCUCCCGCCUCCUCACUUACCAGGCCGCCUACACCACCUCGACCGAGCUGCUGUUCUCCACCGUCCUGUUGUACCAGUUCCGAGUGCUCGAAAGGAUAUGGGGCAGUCGCAAGUUCGCGAGCUUUGUCGCGGUGGUGCUCUGGUGCAAUGUCGUGGUCGUGCCCUUGUUGGUGGUCGUCUUGAAACUCGGCACCCUGGGCUGGUAUAAUUACGUGCCGAGCGGGUCGACGGGACUUGUGUUUGCCCUGCUGAGCGCCUGGGCUGAGGAGGUGCCGCGCAUAUACCGGUACAAGAUCGCCACGACGUCUCCGGCCGCAACGACCACCGGUGGCGGGCGAGAACAGGUGCCAGGCGUGGUGUUGAGUGACAAGUCGACGACGUACUUGCUAGCGGCGCAGUUAGCGCUCAGCCAGUUUCCUUAUUCUAUCCUGCCCGCAGCCGUCGGAUGGACGGUGGGCACGGCCUGGAUGGGCGAACUGUUACCGGGCGGACUGGGGAGAUGGAGGAUUCCGGCCUGGAUGGUCGGCGAGUCGAGCAAGAGGAAAGAACGGGGCCAGUACGAAGGGCUCAGGCGCAGGUUAGAGGAAGAGGGGAGUUCGGCGGACGGAAUGAGGAAUGUGAGCGACCGUGUCGGCGGUGCUGGCGGCGGGGAGCAGGAGAGUCGGCGGAGAGGCUUUGGGAGGCAGAUAUUGGGCUAUUUCACGGGGUCUUCUUGA